AUGUUGCAGACUCUCACCCCAGACAAGCGUCAGAAACUGGAACCUUUGCUGGCACAGAUUGAGCAGAGAUAUGUGCGAGACUUUUGGGAAUUCGGUCAAGUCCUGGCACGAAGAUACCUUGUGCAAAAGCUCGGAGAAGGCGCAUAUGGCGAUGUCUUCAGACUCAGACCCACAGACCUCGAGGAAGCCAUGAUCGUGCGCGAACGCGGCGGACUUGUGAUCAAAGUCAUUCCAUUCACCGUCGACCAAUCCGAUAGUGACGAUAUCUCAGAUCUAGAGGCAGUCACUCGGGAAAUCACUAUCUUGCAAACGCUCGACCCACUUCCUGGCUUCCCUCGCUGCCGAGGUGUUCACGUUGUCAGCGGUGAAUACCCAGACGUUUUGAUCGACGCUUUUCGUGAUUACCAGAACGAGCACGACCACUCGGCUAUAAAUGAAGAGCCAAGCAACGCGGAUGCAGCCAACCGACUGUACGUCGUCAUUGAGAUGGACGACGCGGGGGUCCCGAUGCACAAGGUCAAACAGCCCUCGGCAUUCCAAGUCUUCGAUAUCUUUUGGAAGACGGCAAUCACCCUAGCCAAUGCCGAGGGCCUGUUGGAGUUUGAGCAUCGGGACCUCCACAACGGCAACAUCUGCAUCAAGGCAAGCAGGCGGAACGGGCCGACCGAUGUCCGCCAGGAGGUUGUGGAGGACAUGGAGGAGGAACCAGAGGUGACGCUGGGUCUCUCGAAUCUGCAGGUCACCAUCAUCGACUUCACCUUCGCCCGCGCCAAAGUCGGCCAAGACUCUGACGAAGCCCGCGUUGUUUUCGACCCAAUUGAAUAUUGGGAAGACUGCAGCGCGCGUGGCCAAUCAGAGUCGGACAAUAAACAAUACGACACGUACCGCAAGGUACGGGAUUGGGCGAAAGUGGUCGAGGACAGGGCGAAGGCCACUGCCGCCUUGGAGGGGGUCGGGUACCUGGACGUACACAAGUACGCCAGGUACCUGCCCAAAUCCAACGUGAUGUGGCUGGGGUACCUGAUUGGUGACCUGCUGUCGAGGAGCGCCGUCGGGAGGGGGGCCUGUUUGCCGGGGAGCAGCAGGGCGGCCAAGAGGCUGCAGUUGAACAUAUGGCGGACGCUGGAAGGUGUCCACGCCUAUGUCAACGCCCAAAACCCGACGAUGAUGCCGGAGAGUGCUAGCGACCUGCUGGCGACGUCGGUCAGCAAUGGCUGGCUGUCGCAUGCAGACCUGGCGGCGUUCCGAGACCAGCUGGGCGAGUAG